UGAAUUUGGGUCGUUACAAGACUUGAUAAAUCACAAAAAGUCUGAUGAAAUUGGAUUAAAAUUACGUGUUAAAAUGAUGAUUGAUGGAUCAAAAGGAAUCACUUAUUUACAUGAAAAUGGGAUCUUACACAGAGACAUCAAACCAGAUAAUUUCCUUGUGUUUUCAAUUGAAUUGAAUGACCUUGUGAAUGCAAAAUUGACUGAUUUUGGGUCGAGUAGAAACAUUAAUUUACUGAUGACAAACAUGACUGUCACAAAGGGUAUAGGAACUCCAGUCUACAUGGCACCGGAAAUAUUAAGAAGAGAAAAAUAUAAAAAACCGGCUGAUGUCUAUUCAUUUGCAGUGACGAUGUACCAAACGUUUAAAUGGAAAGAACCAUACCCAAUUAAUGUAUUUGAACAUUCUUGGGAUAUCGCUAAUUUCAUUGUGAGUGGAGAGAGACUGGAACGUCCAAAAGAUAUGCGAGAAGACUUGUACUUGAUUAUUAGUGAAUCGUGGUGUGGUGAUACUAAAUUAAGAAAUGAAAUUAAUGACAUACAACAUAAACUUGAAACGGUUUUUAUUGAUUUGUAA